ACACCCAUUUCUACUCUCUACCAAACCAUCUCUCUCUCCCUCUCUCUCUCUCUCGAUCGACAUAAUCUAUACCAUCGUCACCAACAAUAUAUAUAUACACACUACACAACACACCACAUCAUUUCGAUGAAAUCUAGGCCUAAUUAACAUUCCAUCUUUCACUUCAUUUCUCGUUUUCUCAAGCCAAGAGAUCUAGGUGUUAGUGAUUUUGAUGCUGUGUUUUCCGAUUCUUUGAAGAAAAAUGGAGACUGAACUUCUCGAUAUUCAGCCGCAAGAACUCAAAUUUAUUUUUGAGUUGAAGAAACAAAGCUCAUGCUCUGUUCGACUAGUCAAUAAGACCAACCAACAUGUUGCUUUCAAGGUGAAAACUACUUCUCCAAAAAAAUACUGUGUGCGUCCAAACACAGGCAUUGUGAAACCAAAAGAAAUAUGUGAUUUUACAGUUACAAUGCAAGCGCAAAGGGUUGUUCCUCCUGAAAUGAUCUGCAAAGACAAGUUCUUACUUCAAUGUGCUGUUGUUCCUGUGGGGAUGGCUGAGGAGGAUAUUACAUCUGCAACGUUUGCCAAAGAUGGAAGGUAUAUUGAGGAGAAGAAGCUUAGAGUGAUUCUUGUCAGCCCACCCAAUUCGCCUAUACAUUCACCAGUCAAUGGUACAGCGAAGCAGGUGUAUGAUGUGCCCACACCCGAAGAGCAGCACCCUAAUUACACUGGAAACUUCAGUCCUCCUCAGACAGGUACUGACGAUUUGAGGGAAACCAAAGUAGUUGCUUCUGAGGACUUGAAGCCUGUAAGGCAUGAAGCUGCUGAGGAAUUGAACCCUGUGAAGCAUGAUGCUGCUGAGGACCUAAAGCCAGUAAAGCAUGAAACUGCUGAGGACCUAAAGCCAGUAAAGCAUGAAGCUGAUGAGGAGUUGAUUAGAAGCAGAGAUUUUGAGCAAGGUAUAAAGAAUCAUGUAGUUUCUAAAACAGUCAAGGAUGUAGAACUGAAGGUCGUAAAGGAAUUUGAGGAACAAAAACCACCAACUAAUAUGAUGAAGGACGGGGACGAGCUGAAGCUGGUGAAGGAUAUCGAGGAGGUCAAGUUUAAACUAAGAGAAUUUGAAUCAAAGCUGAACGAGGCUGAGAGAACAAUUUCAAAGCUGACAGAAGAGAAGAGAGUGAGUACCCAUGACAGGGAAAUUUUACAGCAGGAGUUGGGUCUGAUGAGAAGUAGGAGAAGUGGACAAAAAGCUCAAUCGGGAUUCCCUCUGCUGUUUGUUUGUAUGGUGGCACUUGUUAGCGUCUGGCUUGGUCACUUCAUGCACAAGUAGUAGAUAACAGUUAUUGUCAAGAUGCUAUGAGGAGGUCUCUUUAUCAAAUAUGACUGUAGAUAACAGAAUAUUAUGCUCCUGAGGUGUGAAAGUUGCAAAAGGGUUUGUGCAAACCCUGAUAAAAUGUACCCAAGGACGAGUUACUAACUCUGUUUUGGAUAGACAAAGUCUUUUUUAUACAGUAGUAUGCAUAGUUCCUAAUC